CUAAACGACGUCGUCCAGUCAUGCAGAGCUGCAAUAGAUGAAAAACCUCUCAACUCAAGCUAAGCUAAACGACGUCGUCCGUGGGCCGCGGAGCCCAUUCUGAGUUGCUCCUCUAUAAUAAGGAACGUGGCUCUCACGCGCUCACCAUUUUGCUGCAUCGUAGUUUCAGAUUCACAGUGAGGUAGAGAAGAGAGAAAAUGGAAAGUGAAGGUAAGGUGGUGGUGGAGAUGGUGGGAGGGAGAUCAACAGUGACAAGGUGCUUCUCAAAAUAUCCCCUCAAAUUCAUAGUUCCCAAUAAGGUGGGUCCUUCUAGUACUGAUGCUGUUUGGAUUUAUAGCCUCACCUAUGGUGGUGGCAUUGUCUCUGGAGAUUCUAUUUCAUGUGAAUUAACCGUUGGAGAUGGCUGCACUGCUGUCCUUACAACCCAAGCUUCAACAAAGGUAUACAAGUCCAUGGGAUCCAAGUGUUCUGAACAAGUCUUGGAGACAAGAAUUGGGAGUGGUGCUGUAUUGGCUGUCAUUCCAGAUCCAGUUACAUGUUUCUCCACUGCAAGGUACUCUCAGAAACAAGUCUUCAGGGUGGUUUCUGACUCAAGUUUGGUCAUUGUUGAUUGGAUUACCAGUGGGCGCCAUGAAAGCGGAGAAAAAUGGGAUUUCGAUCUUUAUAAGAGCACCAACCACAUCUUCUUAGAAGACGAUCAACCUUUGUUUCUUGAUACGGUGCUUCUAGAGCGAGGAAGUAUUACCUCUAUUGCCGAACGCAUGCAGGACUAUCAAGUCAUUGCAAUGGUUGUUAUCUUGGGGCCAAAGAUGAAUCACAUUCAGAGCCUAGUUCAAGAAGAAGUGAAGAGGAUAAUGUCCGAGCAAUUACGUGGCCCACCCACUUCCUUGGGCCGCCAAAUAAUAACGAAAUCUGAUCAUUGCUUGAUGAAACCAAGCUUUAUUGCUUCUGCUAGUGUCUUUGGUCCUAAGGGAAUAGGUCUUGUUGUUCGUAUAGCUGCCAUGACGACUGAAUCUGUUUAUCGAUUUCUGCAGCAUCAAUUGGCUUGCUUGGAGCCACUGCUCGGGGUAUCACCAUAUCGAUAAAGACAUGAAGGGAGAACAUUUUUAUGAAAUCCUUGGCUCCAUUGGGUUUUUUGAUCAGUCUCAAUCUGCUCCAAACCCCGGCCGGCCCAGGUAAUCCUGAUUAUCUGGAUGUUGAAAAAAUAAAUGUAAUAUUGUUGGCUCAGUUAUUUGAAAAGUAACUUUGAAUUAUUGGGUUUCCCAAAUUUUGAUGAUGAACUUAUUUCCUAUUUGCAAUCCAUGGAAGAAUGAAUCAGGGAGAACCUGUCUUUAUUGGCUGA